UCCUAGCUCUAGCCUCCACAUUUUUUGUUCUUCCUGGGCAUCUUUCUUUCUCUCUCUCUCUCUCUCCGUGUUUCAACAGGAGGGUCAACCCACUGUAAUGGAAACAUCUGCAGGACAGGGAAACUUUUAAUUCUUCGAGUGCCUUCAUCUAUUAUAGCUGCAGUUUCGUCUGAAGUUUAACACUUCAGCAUUUUAGUCUCAGGAAUUUCUUUGUUGACCAAGGAACCAAAUAUUGAUUGAUUCAAAUCAAAGUUUAAGUCACACUCGGAUUAUCCACUUCCAGCAGCAUCCAACACAAUGGGUGUUGGUGACGAUGUUGCGCCACGCUUCACCCAAAAGCCCGCCCUCAGACAGGAGGACAAUGGCCAGAAGCUUGUGUUCCACUGCGUCCUCGAGGCCUCCCCCAAGCCGGACAUUGCCUGGUUUAUGGGCACCACUCCCCUCAAAGAGACAGACAGGACUAGGAUGAGAACAGAAUCCGCAGGGGGAGCCGCUUUCAAUGUCAUCUUGGAAAUAGUCGGCGUAACACAGAGCGAUGCUGGGACUUACAAAGUUGUGGCUAAGAACAGACUUGGAGAAGUUUCCGCAUCCAUCAAUUUGAAUUUCAGCGCAGCUGGCGGACAGAAACAACAAGAAGGUAUAGCACCAAACUUUAUACAGAAACCAGUUACUAGACAAGAAAACAAUGGGAAAAAAUUAUUGUUUGAAUGUUCAUUGACAUCAGAUCCAGCGCCAGCCAUCACAUGGUACAAAGAUAAUGCAGUCAUUCAGUCAGAAGGACGUUUUAAUAUUCGAGCAGAACCUAGAGAAAAUAAAACUUAUUUCCUUGUCCUUGAAAUCAACGACGUCGCUGCUCAAGAUGCAGGAAACUAUAAAGUUACAGCAAAAAAUACCCUCGGAGAAAGCAAUGCAACAAUCAGGCUCAAUUUUGACAGCUCGGUGAUAUUGCAACAAGGGACACAACCAGCCCAGGGCUCAAGGCCACAGUUUGUUCAAAAACCUACAAUCCGUCAAUCUGGCCAGGCUGUUAUAAUAGAAUGUCAGCUGACUGCUGACCCCUCCCCAUCAGUCAGUUGGUUUCACAACAAUCUCCCGAUUCAGCAGUCAUCUCGCUUGCUCCAGGACAUGAGGUCUGAAGAAUAUGUUCACCAAAUUAGCCUUCAGAUUUCUCAGGUCACUUUACAAGAUGGUGGAGAGUAUCGAGCCGUUGCAAGGAACACUCUAGGUGAAGCAACAGCAACCAUAACUCUCAAUUUUGAAGGCAGUAAAAAACCACAAGGUCAAGAUGGUAAAGCUCCACAUUUCACACAGAAACCGACCAUCAAACAACAACAGAACCUGCUACUUAUGACAUGUCUGUUGGAGGCCAAGCCAGCCCCGCAGAUCAGGUGGUUCAGGGACACAACGGAAGUAGGAGACGGGGGCAGAUACUCUAUUACCAUUCAGCGUGACCCCAGUGGAGCUGACCUCUACACAGUGGUCCUUCAAAUACGUGAUCCAGCCACUGAAGAUGCUGGCACAUAUAAAUGUACUGCAGCUAAUGAUUUAGGAGAGUCCAAUGCCAAUAUUACAUUAAACUUUCAAGGUGGUGAGAAGCCUGGCAAGCCACCAACUGGCAUUGCUCCAGCAUUUAAAGAAAAGCCAAAAGUUGCUCAGGAUGCUAGUGGUAAAAAUAUUGUCAUUGAAUGCCAGUGUUCUGCCAAUCCAAAGCCUACCAUCACCUGGUACAAGGGGACAUCAACCCUCCAAGCCAGCUCUAGAAUAGUUCCAACACUCAUUGAGAAUGGCAAUGAGUAUACUUUAAAACUAGAAAUAUUGAAUUUCACCAAAGAUGAUGGUGGACAGUAUAAAGUGACAGCUAAGAAUGACUUUGGUGAAGGCAAUGCCAAUAUUACUAUCAAUUUAGAAGGACCCAAAGAACCUCCCCCCGUGUUACAAGGCAAGCCAAACAUUCGCCUGGAUGAAGCAAGUCAAUCAAUUAUCAUCGAGCAGGGAAUUCAGAGUGCAGUACCGCCUACUGUAUCUUGGUAUUUUGGGAACCAACCUUUGAAGUCAGAUAACAAAUACAAGAUUGAUCUACCACAGGAGAAAGGUCUCUAUUAUUCCACUUUGCGGAUUACAAGUUUCAGUGACAAAGACUCAGGGACCUACAAAUUAGUUGUGAAAACAGCCGGAGGAGAGGCCACAUCAACAGCUACUGUCAAUGUGUCUGCUCUGAAGCCCAAAGUCAAAGGGGAAGCACCAAAGUUUGUCCAGAAUCUGACACCCAAGAUUGUCAAUGAUGGUGACAAAGUUGAGUUUGUGGUCAAAGUCUCAGGUACUGAGCCCAUUGAAGUUAAUUGGUCAAAGGACAAGAAGCCAAUUAAAAGUGGAGACAUAUUUGGAGUCACCUACGACAAAGGAACAGCCAAGUUGAGUAUCUCAGAAGUGUUCCCAGAAGAUUCUGGAAACUAUACAGUAGAAAUCAAGAACCAGUGGGGCUCAGCAUCAUCUACGGCAAGUUUACAGGUUAAAGAAUUACCUGAAGAGAAACUUAAAAAUGAUCAAAAUAAGACAGAGGCUAAGCCAAAGGAUUCCAACAAGAUUGAAAUAAAAAGUCAGCAAAUUGAAGAAAGUAAAAUGGAGAUUAGAACACAAUCCAAAACUAAACAAGAUACACCUGUGGAGGAAAUUAUUGAAGCACCAAAAGCCAAACCCAAAGAAGAAAGUGCUCCUCCUCCUCCUCCCAAAAAAGUAGAGGAGAAAAAGGAGGAACCAAAGAAAACGGAAGUUGCUAAAAAGCCAGAAGAAGUAAAAAAACCAGAAGCCAAAAAGCCAGAGGAGCCCAAAAAGCCAGAAGAAGCACCUGCCAUUGUCGUGGAUGAGGAUGAGAAAGGUAGAGUAACUAACAGAGGCAAACAGGUUAAAAAGGCAGCUCCUGGCAAAGACGAAGAGCCUAAAGAUGGUUCUGCUCCCAAAUCCAAGACUUCCAAAAGUAAAGGUAGUAAGCCCUACCUGAAACAACACACCACAAUAUUAGAAGAGCUGGAAGAAGAUGGCUUUGCGGAAGGGGAGAGUGACCAAUCGGAAGAGGAGGAAGAGGAUGACCAGAGCAAUCCUUUCGAUGCUGAGGACUCGGACGAAGGAAAAGCUAGUAUUGACUUGAAGGAUGGCAAGAAACCCAUGAGAAUAGGAGAUGGACCAACAUUCAAAGAGAAACCAGUCAAUCAAGUCGUUUUUGAAGGUGAUGACUUGAAAAUAACAGUCACCGCUGAUCCUAAAGGCAAACCUGCCCCAGCUAUAAAGUUCUACAGAGGGCCCCGAGAGCUGAAAGAUGAUUCUCGUGUCUCUAUUAGAGUUGACGGCCUGUCAUCAACAUUUGGCAUCAAGCGAACACGUCUAACUGAUGAAGCCAAAUAUACAGUGAACAUUGAAUCCGAAGGUGCUAUCACAGACACAGCUACUUUCUCAGUGUUCAUUAAAGAUCCCAAAGAUUCACAGCUUGACUACAGAGCUUUGUUAAAACACAGAGACCAAGGUAAAAAACAAGCAGAGGAAGAAGAUGUGGACUGGGGAUCAUUGAAACCAGUGGAUAAGAAAGGCAGACGACUGUCCCAGAUUGAAGUGAUGAAGAUGAGCUUGAAGAAGGUAGAGAAAGCUGAGGGAAGUGAUUCAGAGGAAGAGAAGCAGCGUUCUCGUCGAGAGUCGCGUUCUCAGGUGGAAUACGAGCGUGACACCAAAGAGAUCACUCUUGACAAAGGCGAUGAUAAGCAAAAACCUGGCAGCCGAAGGCAGUCCAUUGAAAACGAGACACCAGUAAAGAAAGCAUCAGUUGACAAACUAGAGGCUCUGGAACAAACCCGCAGAGCAUCCAUGCAAACUCGCAGGGCAUCUUUAGCAGAAGUCAUUCCUGAUUGGCCGACUUUGAUUCCCCGUAAAGUCAUAAAGGAGGAACCAGAUAAAUUCAACAUGGAAAUGGAAGACAUCAAGUGUCUGGAAGGUGUCGCUUCUGCCACGUUUGUUGCAGAGUUUUGUAAACCUGAUGCUAAAGUCAAGUGGUUCAAAAACAAACUGGAAAUCUUCCAUGGCCACAAGUAUCACUUUGAGUCAGAUCAUGAUGACUACAAGUUGACCAUCAACAAUGUUAAAGUUGAGGAUGGAGGCAAAUAUACAUGCCAGUGCAAUGACAUUAGCACAUCAGCUUGGCUCUACGUGGAAGCCAAAGAACCAGAGUAUUACUUCACCCAGAAACUGCCUGAUACAUACAAAGUAAAACGGAAAAAGACUGGAGUCCUGGAAUGUUUUGUGUCUGACCCUAGAGCCAGAGUCAAAUGGUACAAAGGAGAUGAUGUCAUUGAGUACACACCUGGCAAGUUUGAAAUCCAACGCAGAGAAAACCGAUGUAUUUUUAAGAUUGUUGAUGCUACUCCAGAGGAUGAAGGCACCUAUACAUGUCAGUGUGGUGAUGCCAAGACCAGUACUAAGGUCUUGGUUGUUGAGCCAGAAUGGGAAUUCUUGAGAAAACUUGAAGAUGUGGAGGCAGUGGAGAGAGAGAAGGCUACAAUGGAGUGUGAUGUGAGCGACCCUGAGGCUGAUGUCAUCUGGCUUAGAGAGGGCAAGGACUCUCCAGGAGUUAUUGAGGAAUUGAAAGCUGGUGGAAAAUAUGAGUUUGUAAAAGAAGGUUUGAAGAGACGCCUGGUGGUCAAGAAUUGCAGCAUUAAAGAUGAUGGCAAAUACACGUGUCAGGUGCUGGACCAGACCACAACAGCUGAACUCUUUGUUUCACCUGAUGUGAAGUUCAUGAAGAAACUAGUAGACAAGACUUGUAAAGAGAAGGAAACUAUCGCCCUAGAAUGUAAGGCCACCAACCCACACAAACAUCCAUUUCAAUGGCUUAAGAAUGGAGUCCCUAUCAAAACAGAUCUACCAAAGUAUGAAAGUAACAACAAAGGUGAGGUUUACAAACUGACAGUGAAAGAUGUGGACAUUGGAGACAGUGGUGAAUACACCAUACAGAUUGGUGAACGUCCUAACAGAUGUAAUGUGACAGUACAACCAUUGCCAAGACCACCAAAGAUUGAUGCCUCUAAAGUAAAAGAUAUUUUUGUCAAGAAGGGAGAUACCAUUGAACUAAAUAUUCCAUUUGAUGGUGCCCCAGUUCCUCGUGCCCUCUGGUCCAAGGAUGGCAAGCACAUUGAUGAAGGCAAUCUGGACACAGUGACAGAGCCUAAGAUGACCAAGUUGACCAUCCCUGCAGCCCAGAGGUCAGACACUGGUUCCUAUGAGCUGACCCUGACCAAUGAUGCUGGGGAGGAUAAAGUGCCAGUUAAAAUUACUGUCAUGGAUGCACCUGAAGCCCCUCAAGGUCCUCUAGAAGUUGUAGAUAUCUUCUCCAAUCGAUGUGCUCUGCUCUGGGACAAACCAAAAGAAGAUGGUGGGUCUCCAGUCACACAUUAUAUUGUGGAGAAAAUGGAUGCCGGUAAAGGCGAGUGGGAAAAAGUCUGUGAAACUGAUGACGUUGAAGUAGAUGUGUGUGACCUAACACCUGGACACCAUUAUCAGUUCCGUGUCUCGGCUGUGAACUCUCAAGGAGUCAGUGAGCCUCUGCCUACUGAAGGAACUAUGUUAGCUAAAGAUCCUUGGGAUCCCACCAGCCCCCCGGGUGAGCCUAAUGUCAUUGACUAUGAUAAAGAUUAUGCUGAGCUGGAAUGGACUCCACCAGAGAAGGAGAAUGGAGCCCCAGUCAGUGGAUAUCUGAUAGAGUUCAGAGAAAAGGGAGAAGGAGAAAAAGACUGGAAGAAGGGUGUUGAGACUGGUCCAGAAAACAAAGGCACUGUGAAAGGUCUGAAAGAAAACAAAGAGUAUGAGUUCAGAGUCAUUGCUAAGAACAAAGCUGGACCUUCAGAACCAAGUGUAUGCUCAGAGCCUGUGCUGUGCAAGUCUCGAAAAGUUAAACCAAGAAUCGACCAGAAAACUGUCCCUCAAAAUAUCCGCAUCAAAGUUGGACAGAAGUUUACGCUGGGUCCAAUCACUUUCAUCGGUGAGCCAAACCCACAAGUGUCCUGGCUGGUGAAAAAUUUGGGACCUAAGGGGGAUUUGGAAACAGGAAAAAAACAAGAAGAAGCUCCGUUUGAGCCCACAGAUGUCCUGACUCUCAACAACAAGCCAAAAGAGACCACAAUAGAUUGCCGAGAUGGUCUGCGCAAACAUACUGGAGAGUAUAUACUGACAGUUACAAACAAACAUGGUUCUGACAGUGCUACUAUCAGUGUUGUAGUACUAGGUCCACCUGGUAGACCUGGCGGCCCGCUGGAAGUGAAAGAAGUCACUAAAGACAGUGCCACAAUCACAUGGAAGCCCCCACAAGAUGAUGGAGGCAGUGAUAUCAAGGGCUAUCGUGUGGAGAAAUUUGAUAUGGACAAGGGCAAGUGGGAGAAAGUGGCCACAGUCCAGGGCAACAAAUGUGUUGUGCCCAAACUACAGGAAGGUCACGAUUAUAAAUUUCGAGUCAUCGCUGAAGGUCCAAAUGGUGACAGUGAGCCUCUGGAGCUGGAGAAUCCCAUCACGGCUAAAAAUCCUUUUGAAAAACCAAGUUCUCCUGGUAAGCCAGAGGUGGUGGACCGUGACCGUACAUUUAUUGAGAUGAAAUGGGAGCCACCAAGAGAUGACGGAGGUGCUCCAAUAGCUGGGUAUGAAGUGGAGAGGAAGGAACCCAAGACUAACAGGUGGAUUAAACUCAACAAGAAUCUCAUCACAGAACCUCAAUUCAAAGAUGAGAAAGUCCAAGAAGGCAAAGAGUAUGAGUACAGAGUGUAUGCAGUGAAUGAAGCAGGACCCUCUGAACCAAGUGCAACAUCAGCACCAGUGGUAGCCAAGCCAUUGAAAGAGGUGCCCAAAGUCAACCUCGACAACUUGUUUGGCGCUAAAGAGAUCAGAGUUCGUGCUGGAGAGCCCAUCAACAUUAAUCUUGGUAUCUGUGGAGCCCCUGAGCCAACAGUGGAGUGGCUGAAAGGUGGCAAACCAUUGGGCAACAGAGCUCAACUGGCCAAUGACGAGAAAGAAGCCAAGCUGCAUAUCCCUAAAGCCGAGAGGGGUGACACUGGCAAAUAUUCCAUCAAAGUUGCUAACAAACAUGGGGAUGACACUGCAGAGAUCUCUGUGGUUGUUUUAGACAAACCUGGAGAGCCUGAAGGUCCUUUAGAAAUAUCAGAUUUGACAGCUGAGGGCUGCAAGCUGACCUGGAAACCUCCUAAAGACAAUGGAGGAGCAGAAGUCACAGGUUAUGUGGUUGAGAAAUGUGAAGAAGGCUCCACCUAUUGGGAGAAAGUUCCUGGAGUUAUUACUGGACAAUCAAUCAACGCUAAAGGCUUGAAGGAAGGCAAAAACUACAAGUUCAGGGUCAAGGCUGAAAAUAUUUAUGGUCUCGGUGAGCCUUUGGAGAGUCAGAAGAUCACAGCCAAGAAUCCUUUCGACACUCCUGAUGCCCCAAGAGAUCUAGAAAUCACCAAGUAUGACAGAUCUUCAGUAACACUCAGUUGGAAGGAACCAACCAGCGAUGGUGGUAACCCAAUCAAAGGCUAUCUGGUGGAGAAGAAAGAGAAAGGUAAAGACUGGACCAAAGCUUCAGUGUUCCCAGUCCCUGAAACAACUUACACAGUUUUGAAGUUGACUGAAGGCUCUGAAGUAGAGUUCCGUGUCAUGGCUGUCAACGAUGGUGGCCCAGGCAAACCUAGUAAGACGACACCAAAACACAUUGUCAGAGAUCCUGUUUUCCCUGCUGGAGCUCCCAAUACUCCAAAUGUGGACAAGAUCACUAAAGACUCUGUGACACUGUCUUGGUCGAAGCCCUCCAACGAUGGAGGUAGUAAACUGACUGGCUUUGUCGUCGAGAAAAAGAAGAAGGGAGAAGACUGGAUGGAGUGUGCCACUGUACCCCCCAACCAACUCACUGCAACCAUUCCAAAGCUGAAAGAAGGAGAAGAGUAUCAAUUCCGUGUGCGCGCUGACAACGCUGUGGGUGCAGGAGAACCCAGCAAGCCAACAAAUUCUAUCAUCGCAGCAGACCAACCAGAAAAACCCAAGUUAAACCCAACUGGCUUAAAAGACAUCAACGUGAAAGCUGGUCAAGAGUUCACCAUUAAAGUACCAUUCAGUGGCACACCCAAACCUACAGCCAAGUGGACGUUGAAUGGGGAGGGUGUGGCUGACCCACCCAGAAUCACUAUGACUUUGACCGAUGACCAUGCCAUACUGCACUGUGCCAAAGCCAAGAGAGACAAUACAGGCAAAUAUGAGUUGACAUUGAAGAACGAUGAAGGAACAGACACAAUGAAGAUCAAUGUCAAUGUAUUAGAUAAACCUGGCGCACCAGUCGGUCCUAUUGAAGCCAGUGACUUCCAGGGCGAGUCUUUGACCCUGACAUGGAAGCCGCCUAAAGACGACGGAGGAGAAAAAAUAGCCAACUACAUUGUCGAGAAAAGAAAGGCUGGGACAGGCAGAUGGCAGAAGGUUAGCAGUUUCCUGUCUAAACCAACAUGUGAGGUUCGAAACCUUGAACCUGGUACUAAGUAUGAGUUUAGAGUUGCUGCUGAGAAUCCUCAAGGUGUCAGUGACUUCCUGGAGACUGAGACCCCAAUACUGGCCAAACUACCUUAUGAUGCUCCUCAAGCUCCUGGCUCACCCAAGAGUGUGGGAACCACUGAAGAUUCUAUCACACUGACCUGGUCAGCCCCAAAGAAAGACGGAGGCUCACCAAUCACUGGCUACGUUGUGGAGAAGAGAGAGAAAGGAGAAGAGAAGUGGACCAAGGCCAACAUUACCGACAUCCCAGACACAGAGUUCCAGGUGAAAGGUUUACAAGAAGGAAAGGCUUAUGAGUUUAGAGUUGCUGCUGUCAACAAUGCUGGCAUUGGUGAAUUUAGUGAUGGAAGCGGCUACAUCAAAGCCUUACCCCCUCCAGUUGCUCCUAAAAUCAACCGUGACCUGUUGCCAACUUCUAAAGACAUUAAAGCUAAAGUUGGUGAAGAAUUUAAAAUUGCCAUUCCUUACAAUGGGAAUCCAAUACCUACAGUCUCCUGGUCUCAGGGAGGAAGUCCAGUCUUGGAGAACAACAGAAUUAAAUUUGAUAUUAAGCCAGACAUGAUCACCUUAAGAUGCAGCAAAGCUGAACUGAAAGAUGCUGGCAAAUACACAUUGAACUUAACCAAUGAAAAAGGAUCUGAUAGUAUCUCUAUGAAUGUCCUCGUUGUUGAUGCUCCAGCCAAACCAGAAGGCCCUCUGGAGGUGAAGGAUAUUACUCCAGAAUCUUGUAUUUUGACAUGGAAUCCUCCCAAGAGCACUUUCUCACCUUAUUUGGAAGAUGGAGGCAGUGCCGUCAGUAACUAUGUGGUUGAGAAACAAGACAAAGCAACUGGCAGGUGGGAACCUGUGAGUAAGUUUGUCCGUGGUACCAAGUAUGAAGUCUUGGGACUGACUGAAGGUCAUGAAUACAACUUUAGGGUCAGUGCUGAAAAUGAAUAUGGAGUCAGUGAACCAUUGGAGACAAGCCAGUCUGUUGUAGCACAACAUCCUUACACUACUCCCGAGUCUCCGACAUCCGUGGCUGUGGAUGAUGUGGAUGAAUCCUCUGUGACACUCAAGUGGACUAAACCCAAGACUGACGGAGGCAAGAAACUGGAGGGAUACGUGAUUGAGUACAAGGAGCCGAGCUCCAACAGAUGGAAGGCUUACAACGAUGUACCUAUCAAAGAAAACAUGGGAACAGUGAAAGGAUUGGACAAUGAUAAAGAGUAUGAGUUCCGAGUCAGAGCUAAGAAUGCAGCUGGCCUAGGCAAUCCAAGUGACAGCACUGGUCCUGUUCAAGUCAAACCUAAAUAUGUGAAACCCUCAACACCUGGAGUACCAGAAGCAUCUAAAGUUGGCAGGACAUUUGUGGAACUCAAAUGGGACAAACCUAGAAAUGAUGGAGGAGCUAAAAUUACAGGAUAUGUGAUAGAGAAGAGAGAGAAGGGAAUGAAUCUAUGGAGUAAAGCCAAUGAGUUCCCAAUAGUUGACAAUUACUUCACUGUGACUGGCCUGCCUGAGAACUCAGAAUUUGAGUUCCGUAUUGCAGCAACCAAUGCUGCUGGUACUGGUGAACCUAGCCUCCCGUGUGCUCCUAUCAAGAUAAAAGAAAAGAUUUCUGGUCAAGCUCCAGACUUUGUGAAGAAACUGUCAAAUACCAAAGCUAGUGUUGGGGGUGAAGCAGCCUUCUCUAUUGAAAUCUCUGGUCAUCCACCACCUCAGCUGACCUGGUUCAGAAACGGUAUAGAGAUCAACACUGUUGGCCGUAACCGUGUCAAGGUAGAUGGAAACACAUACACACUUUUGAUGAGUGAUGUCUCAGAGAAAGAUGCCGGGGAAAUCACCUGCGAAGCCAAGAAUGCUCUGGGCAAAGAGUCCUGUAGUGCACAGUUGUCUGUUCUUGCGCCACCUAGAUUUGACAAGGACCUCAAAGACCAGAAGGUCACUGCUGGGGAGCAAUUUAAGGUCAAGCUUCCCUUCAGCGGCACUGGACCGUUUGAUGUCAAAGUUAAAAGAGACGGCAGAGAAUUGCAAGAAAGUGACAGAAUUAAAAUUUCUCCCUUUGAUGAUUUCUUAACUUUCCUUAUCAAAGACUGUGAAAGAGAAGAUUCUGGUCGCUACAGUAUUGAGAUCAGUAAUGACAGUGGUACAGCUGCAGUACCUUUCAAUCUCAAAGUUGUCAGCCCACCUGGAGCCCCCAGUGGUCCACUAGCUGUAUCUGAUAUCACCAAGUCCACCUGUAGACUGGCUUGGAAGCCUCCUAAAGAUGAUGGUGGUGGCAAGAUCAACAGCUAUUUGGUAGAGCGACAAGAAGUAGGCAAACCUUAUUGGGUCACCGUCUCUUCUCAUUGCAAGGACACCAGUAUUGAUGUUCAAGGUCUGUAUGAAAACAGUCAAUACUUAUUUAGAGUGGCUGCUGUCACAGAGAAUGGUCCUGGAGAAUUCCUGCAAGCUGAGUCUCCCAUUAUUGCCAAGAUGCCAUUUGAUGCUCCUGAGACGCCUGGAGUUCCAAAUGUGACUGAAGUUGGUGGAGACUUUGUCAGCUUGACUUGGGACAAGCCCAAAUCCGAUGGUGGCGGCAAAAUCCAGGGCUACUGGGUGGAGAAAAGAGAACGUGGUACAGAGAACUGGACACGGGUCAACAACAACCUGUGUAUCACCAAUAUGAUCAAUAUUCCCAACUUGAUAGAAGAUCGACAAUACGAGUUCCGUGUGUUUGCUCAAAAUGAAGCUGGUCUGAGUAAGCCUUCAACGGCAUCAAACAGUGUCAAGAUCAAGGACCCACAUGCUGCUGAAGUUCCUGAGUUUACUAGUGGACUCAGAAAGAUUCAAGCUGUUGAGGGCAGAACUGCCAGGUUUGAAUGUGAAGUCUCUGGCAACCCCAAACCUGACAUCCAAUGGUUCAAGGGAGUUCGUGAAAUCUAUGACAGUGACAAAUUUGAAAUAGUUACAGAAGGCAACAAACAAAUUUUGAUUGUGAAAAAUAUCUAUGGUGAGGAUGCUGAUGAAUACAGUGUCCGUGCCACAAACAGAGGAGGAAGCCGAGUCUCCAGAGCAGAACUAGAGAUUCGAUCUCCACCAAAGAUCAAUGUUCCUCCCAGGUUCCGUGAAGUCUGUACCUUUGAGAAAGGAGAAAAUGUUGUCCUUAAAAUUCCAUUCACUGGCAAUCCAAAGCCUACAGUCAAAUGGAUCAGAGAUAAUGAGGAAUUAAGAGGCUCUAGAUUCCAUCAAGAAGUGACAGAACGCCAUGCUAUCUUGACCAUUAAAGAUGCCAGUAAACUAGAUGAUGGACCUUACAGACUUCAGUUGGAUAAUGAAUUGGGCUCAGACUCAGUUGUACUGAAAGUACAAGUCAAUGAUCGCCCUGACCCACCGAGAUUCCCUGUUGUGGAGAACAUCAGAGAUGACUCUGUGGUGUUGUCAUGGAAACCACCACUCAAUGAUGGUGGCAGUUUCAUCACUGAGUAUGUGAUCGAAAGAAAUGAGCCUCCUAGUGACAAGUGGCUCAGAGUGGCUUCUACUAGGUUUAACUUCCACAAUGUGACAGGUUUAUCACCCAAUAAAGAAUAUCGUUUCCGUGUGUUCGCUGAUAACUUCUAUGGUCGCAGUGAGGCUUGUGAACCAACUGCUCCAGUCAAAACCGAAGAACCAGAAGCUAUUAGGAAGAAGAAACAACUGGAAGAUGAAUUUGGCCGAAGAGUUAGAGGCAAAUAUGAUGGACCAAAGAUCAAUGAUUAUGAUAAGUUUUAUGAAGACAUCUGGAAGAAAUACGUUCCCCAACCAGUAGAAAUCAAACAAGGCAGUGUCUAUGACUACUAUGAUAUAUUGGAGGAAUUGGGAAGUGGCGCUUUUGGUGUUGUGCAUCGUUGUAUUGAGAAAGCCACUGGGCGUGUAUUUGUAGCCAAGUUUAUCAACACUCCCUACCCGCUGGACAAAUAUACUGUCAAGAAUGAAAUCUCCAUAAUGAAUCAGCUGCAUCAUCCUAAACUCAUCAACCUUCACGAUGCUUUUGAGGACAAAUACGAGAUGGUCCUUAUCCUAGAGUUUUUGUCUGGUGGUGAACUGUUUGAUCGUAUUGCAGCUGAAGACUAUAAAAUGUCAGAAGCUGAAGUUAUUAAUUACAUGCGUCAGGCUUGUGAAGGUCUGAAACAUAUGCAUGAGCACAGCAUUGUACAUUUGGACAUUAAGCCUGAGAACAUUAUGUGUGAGACAAAGAAAGCAAACAGUGUGAAGAUUAUUGACUUUGGUCUGGCCACAAAACUGAAUCCUGAUGAGAUUGUCAAGGUGACCACAGCUACAGCAGAAUUCGCCUCACCCGAAAUAGUGGACAGAGAGCCGGUGGGAUUUUACACAGACAUGUGGGCCAUCGGAGUCUUGGCCUAUGUACUAUUGAGUGGUUUAUCUCCCUUUGCUGGUGAAGAUGACUUAGAGACCCUGCAGAAUGUGAAGAGAUGUGACUGGGAGUUUGACGAGGAAGCCUUUAGUUCUGUAUCUCCUGAAGCUAAAGAUUUCAUCAGAAGUCUGCUCCAGAAAGAUACCAAGAAAAGAAUGACUGUCCAUGAAGCUUUGGACCAUGCUUGGUUGCAGGGUGAUCACAGCAAUCUGACAAACAGGAUACCUUCCAGUCGCUAUAACAGAAUCAGGCAAAAGAUUAAGGAGAAAUAUGCUGAUUGGCCAGCACCACAACCAGCUAUUGGCCGUAUUGCCAACUUUAGCUCACUGCGUAAACAUAGACCUCAGGAAUACCAAAUCUAUGACACAUUCUUUGACCGUAAGGAAGCUGCACCAAGGUUUGUCCGCAAACCUCGCAAUCAGUUGACAGCUGAAGGUCAAACUGCCAAAUUUGAUUGUAAGAUUGUGGCAGCCUCUCCACCCAUUGUCACUUGGUAUAAAGAUGAUAGCGUGUUGGGUCAAAGCUACAAACAUAUGCAGAAAUAUAUGGGCCUGGAGUAUGAGCUGAAAAUAUCUAGGAUCAAGAUGGAUGACAAGGGAGAAUACACAGUCAGGGCAGAGAACUCGUUUGGGCGUAAAGAUGAGAAAGCAACACUGAAAGUUGAGCCUGGCGUAGAAAAACCAUCGGCACCCAGUAGAGAGACAACACCAUCAACUAGGAAGAGAAUAUUUGAAGAAAAAGAAUUUGAGAAACCAGUUGAAGACAUGUCUCCAAACUUUAACUUUGAUCUUCGACCUCGAAUCAUUCAAGCCCACUCUGAAUUCAAAUUGAUUUGCUGUGUACAGGCUCACCCACCACCUAAGGUUCAAUGGUACAAAGAUGGUAGAGAGAUCCAAGAUGGUGAUCACUACACUAUUAAAUAUUCCUUUGGUAUUUGCACCAUGGAGAUCACCAAUGCCAAACCUGAAGACUCUGGCAAAUACACUUGUAUUGCAAUCAACAAUCUGGGACAACAUGAGACAAGUUGUAAGGUUGUUGUAGAAGAUCGUGUAAGCUCAGUUACCAAGGAGACUGGCUCUUCUCAAACAUCUCGAACUGUGAGAAGAACAAAGUCUGGAGUUAACAUCGAUGAGUUCUCCAGCUACGAGGAGUCUUCUUCUAGUUCCUCGGUCAAGAAAGGAAGGAGGGGAGAGACUAUAGAAGAAAGUUCCUACACAUCCAGGAAGUCAACUGUUAAAAGUUCAACCAGUAGUAGUAGUAGAUCUGAUGGAAGAGAAGAGCCCAAAGAAGAAGCUCCUAAAUUCACAGAAACUCUGUCCCCUGUUACAGUGAAUGAAGGAGAAGGUUUUACUUUGUCUUGUUCUGUGACUGGAGUUCCAGAACCCAACAUUGAGUGGUUCCAGAAUGGACAGCUUCUGAAAUCUGAUGACAUUAUUUCCAUCAGUUUCUCUCGAGGUGUUGCUAAACUAAAGGUAGGAGAAUCUGUUUUGGAAGAUGAUGGAGACUAUGUCUGUAAGGCCACAAACACUGCUGGAGUAGCUAGCACAAAGGCCAAUGUCACUGUGAUUGCUAAGAAAGUUGCUCCAGCCAAGAGAGUGGAGUCAGUUGAAGCUCCAAGAUUUAUUGAGCCACUCCAAGGUCAAAGUGCAAGUGAUGGUGACCCUGUGACUUUACAGUGCAGACUAUCAGGCAAACCCGAUCAAGUUCAGUGGUUCAGAGAUGGCUCAGAGAUCAAACCUUCGGAUGACUUCCGCUAUGAGAAUGCUGGAGACUUGUACAAGUUGAUCAUAGUGGAGAUCUUCCCUGAGGACGCUGGUGUUUAUACUUGCAAGGCAACAAACGCUGGGGGAUCUAUUUCAUCUUCUUCUACAGUUUUUGUAGCAGUUCCAGAUGAAGAUUCGUCAGCUCCAGUCUUCACCAGUUUCCCAAAGAGUGUUUCAUUGGAUGAGGGGAACCCAGUCACAUUUUCUUGUAAUCUAGACAGUCCAUCUACAGUAACAGUGUCGUGGAGUAAAGAUGGUCGUCCAAUCAGUGACUCUGGACGCUUCACCUUUGCCCAGGAUGGAAACAGUGCCUCAUUCACUAUCCCUGCUGCCUUAUCUACUGACUCUGGAACCUACUCAGUCACAGCUAGUGAUGACCGCGGUCAGGCCAGCUGGACAUUUUCGCUUCUGGUCAGGAUAGGCGACUCAACCUCUGGGGAUGUGGAUGUUCAAAGUUUAAUAGAUGGCGCACAGUAAUUAGUUAGGUUGUGACAACAUCACAUCCAGCGUGACAGCUUCAUCGUUCAACAGUCCUGCAAGUGACUAGUCACCCCCCUUCAACAUUCAUCUUGACCUUGAACUCCACACAGCCAAAUGUGGUUCAGCUUUUCUCAUUUACCCACUCACUUGCAUAUAUAUUUAUACUGCAUAUUUGAAAUCUAAAGCCAGAAGAGCGUUUGACUGUCAUAAUUUGAUAGGCCAGUAGUUCUUAGAGUUUGAAUUUAUGAGCUGAUGUAAGAUCAGGGGCUACUAGCUUUAUGAAUUUAUUUUUUUUUGUAUUGUGUAAUCACCACAUACUGUGAUCAGUUCAGUUCCAACAACUGAAUGUCUCUGUGUCUAGUGUACUAUCCGUGUGUGUGUGUGUGUGUUGUCUAACAAUUGAUGUCUUGGUGCUGUGUUGAAAUAUUUGCAUGUCCUGAACAUAACAAAAUGUUCAUUCUCGUCUUGUUCCAUUCAUGUCUGUACAAACACAAAGCGGCUCUACACACACCUGAUGCUAUAACAGAAUAUUUUUAAUACACGAUGUAUUAUACUAUUGUAUUAUGACUGUUUAUAUAAUUAAAGUUGAAGAUAAUUGCUUUUAUUAAAAAGUGAUAAUAAUAUAUUAUUCUAAAGACUAAAACUUAUCUUUGAGCCAAUAAGUUAACUCCACCCUCCCUCCUCCCUGCUGCGUAAUGGAUGUAUGAAUGACUAACGAGUGACAGAGUGCAGACAUCUCAUUGAUAGUUGUUUUUUUUU